UAGCAAUGCAGUUUGCUAGCCAUUUCAUCUCUAAGGAAUACAGCCUGGCUGCUCUCCAGCCUAGGUCAACUCAAUGUCCAUGUAUGUAUAAACGGCUGUAAAUACCAGCCAAGAUUCUACCUCUACUAUAUUGGACCACAGGUUGUCCACAUCACUCUGUGUGUCUCUCUUGUUAUUUCCUGAUCCACUCUCUGUCUAUAGGCUGCUCCACUACAGGUCCCUAUGGUAAGAGUUAAGUCAUGACACCCACUUUUCCAAUCCUCUGUAGCCCUCCGUUUACAGUGUGUUCACUAAAUGAAGUGCAACCUCACUCAAUGCAAAGUGUGUAGGCCUACUGUCCAACCACAACCCCAUCCCUCCAUCUCUAAACAUACAGGAUUAUCUUACUCUCUUUUAUUGACAAUAACUCUCUUUCUCUAUAUAGUACAAUACAGACCACAGACUCUCUCCAUGCCGACGCAGCCUAUUGGCUCAUCUGCCUACCUGCUCUGUAACGUCCCCUGUGCUCUGAUCAAUGUCAAAGAGACGUAGCUGAGUGAUGUGCAAUACCCAGUGUGCUCAGUGUUACAUACCUCAUAGCCCAUUACUCGGAGACAGAUAUUAUAAACCAAUACGACAGCUAUGACAGUGUACAGAUGAUCCAUGGUGCUACCAGUGUAUUACAGUAAAUCCCUAUUUAUUACUGGGCAUCUGGGAAUGGAACAAUCUCAGAUGUGACGACAAAGAUGGGAAGAUACCAGGUGGUGCUAUGUAUACAUCAGGACAAAUGACUGGAACUUCUCUUUUGACUAGUAAUAACACAUACGUAAAACUUGUCAUUUUUGUUAACAUAUUUUUCAAUGCAGUGCAUCCCUCCCCAUUGUAUUUAAACAAAACUGUCUUACCUUCAGCCAACCACUUUCUAAAAAACAAUAACUCCUCUCAUCCAGCUCCACCACUCCUCCUUUUCCAUUCAUAUCAAAUUAGCUCUCUUCUCAACUACGAGUUAUUAAGAGGGAGGUUUCCUUUUAAGUGGCUUGUCUUUAGGAAAUCAUAUUGUUUUGGAUUGCUUCCUCUGAGAAUAAGAACAGGAAGUAAAGUAAAGGAGGCAGACACUGAGACCGCUCGGGCCUACUCCAACCGAUUGAGAUAUCCGCUCUGUCCCCGUUUCUCAGUGUAGCUAAGAUUCCGUUCCCACCACUCUACUGCCGGUGUGUAUGUGUGUUUGUCCAGACAGACUGACAGACUAAUAAUUGCUCCAGUGACAGGUCUGUGCCCCCGGUGGCCGUGCUUCUACCUCUCACCCCUCUUACCCUCCUCUGACUGACCAUGCCAACUCUGUCUGGGAACAAAAAAUAAUUAAAAUAAAGUCUGAGAAAUAAACAUAGUCAGAAAUAUCAAGAGUGACUCUUAAGGGUGCGGGUCUAAAGCUUACUGGAAUGCUCAAGACACAGAAUGAAGAACAAUAACAAAAGACGACCUCACCACUUUGAGCAAACUUUGUCUGAACAUACCAUAACUUACUUCAACUAACUAAGCACAACAUUAGUCUAUAGGAGUCUAUGUAUACUUCUGACUUCAUCAUGGUCCUAAUAAUGUAGCUAAUGUUGACCAGCAAGGCUAGACAGCCUGUAGGUUGUGUUGUAAACUUGUGAGGAAACCCGUUGUCAGUCCAGCCUGGUAGCAACAUGACUGUUUUAACUCCUACCUCCUGCUAUUGUUAAGGCCAGGCUCUCACUCCCUUCCUCUUGUCUAGGCUAGCUACACCUGUUUUUUUGUGGCUUGCUGUACACACAUUAUCUAAUGCCAAGAAAGCAUUAUAGCUAGCCAAAGCUGUGUUGAUUUGAUAGUUGGAUAUUGAGAGUUUUUUUAAAGACCCUGUGGCGAAUUCAAUUACUUUGCGAGCAUUUAGGGAGCAUGGAAUUUAAGGGUUCUAGCUUAGCUAACUCUCCUACAUAUCAGUUCUGAGCUCAAGGCAUGGAUGGACACCGCUAACAUUUCCCCUCUCCUGUUCUCAUAGUGGUGCUUUUUCCAGUGUUCCAGUCUCAUUGAACCUCUCCCCUCCCCUCCCCUCCUCACCCCUCUCCCCUCCCUGAAACGCAAUCCGCCUGGGGGGAUAAGAGCACUGACUCUGCUUGGAGCACCACCCGGUUUCCAUCCUGCUGCCAUAAACCAGGGAGAGAGAACUGCAAAACGUCUCAUGGUCAUGGUCACUUCACAGGGAGGGUGAGAGAGGCAGAUAAGAUGGAGCCAGUGUCCUACUCAACGUUCAGUCUUAAUCAUGUUCUAAGAGAAUUUCAACUAACAUUUCAAACCAGCUUUAUGGAUAACUAUCAAUGGGAUAUGACACACACGGUGUGCCAGUGACCAGUGACGAGUGAACAGACAUGGGGGACUGGAGUCUUCUGGGGAACUUCCUGGAGGAAGUUCAGGAACAUUCCACGUCGGUGGGGAAGGUGUGGCUCACCGUCCUCUUCAUCUUCAGGAUCCUGGUGCUGGGCACAGCCGCUGAGUCCUCAUGGGGAGACGAACAGAGUGACUUCCUGUGCGACACCCAGCAGCCUGGUUGUACCAACGUCUGUUAUGACCGGGCGUUUCCUAUCGCACACAUCCGCUACUGGGUCCUACAGAUCGUCUUCGUGUCCACACCAUCACUGAUCUACAUGGGUCACGCCAUGCACAUAGUGCGGAGGGAUGAGAAACGAAAAAGGAGGGAGCAGGAGAAGACAGAGGGGAUGGAGGAGGAGGAGGAGAAGGGAGAGGGGGGGAGCGUAUCGGGGGAGAAGGUGUAUCUCCAGCAGAGGGAUUGUGGGAAGGUGCUGGAGGCAUCUGGGCGAGUUCGCCUGCGGGGGGCGCUGUUAUCCACGUACAUUCUGAGCAUCCUGAUCCGCACUGUGAUGGAGGUGAUCUUCAUCGUGGUCCAGUACAUGAUCUAUGGAGUCUUCCUCAGGGCUCUGUACCACUGCAAGGCCUGGCCCUGCCCCAACCCAGUCAACUGCUACAUGUCCCGGCCAACAGAAAAGAACGUAUUCAUCGUCUUCAUGCUGGUGGUGGCAGGUGUCUCCCUCCUCCUCUCUGUGGUCGAGCUCUACCACCUGGCCUACAGGCGGUACAGGAAGUGCAGACGCACUCGUGCCUCCCUCAAAAACACCACUCAUAAUGCUGUGGCAAUCCCCUUCACCAGGGACGCCGACAACCCAACCAGUCACAACUCCCCAGGCUGCACCCCUCCCCCUGACUUCCGCCAGUGCUUGGUGUUGUCGGGGACAAUGACCCCCUUGGCCCCUGUGAACCCCAUGAACUCCAUGCCUCCUCACCCCUUCAACAACAGAAUGGCGCACCAGCAGAACUCCGUCAACAUGGCCACCGAGCGUCACCAUUCCCAUGACGACCUGGAGGGAGAGGGAGGUUUCCUGAGGAUGAACUACACCCAGGUGCCAGGGGAGAUGCCCAGCGGGUGCUCUGCGCCACCCUUACUGCAUACCGCGUACCUGAAGGACAAACAGAGUCUCAGUAAGAUCAGCAGCACCAGCAGCCGGGUUCGACCAGACGACCUGGCCGUGUAGAACCAGACAGACGGAGAGAGAGAGACAGAGAGGGGCUUAGAAGGUGUGGAGGGAGAGGACUUUCAGACACACAGAGAGAGAAAUGCCCUGCUUAGAGGAGAGUGGAGCAGGCUGGGUCUAUAUACCCAGCCAGAGACAGAGAAGGGGAGCAGGCAAGGCAGACACGGGGGCUAAAGAUGGAUGUGUUAGCAAACUCCAAGUGAAGGGCUCCAUUCAGCCCAAAUCUGGGGAAACUGUGGAAGAUUGCCUGGCCUAGGACUCCAUGAGCACUACAGGAAGAAAGACAUUGGGAUCUGUAAGCUCCCUGGGAGUGGGUUGAAUGGAUCUUGAGAACUUCUGCAUAUUGGACUGAGCUUUGAGACUGUGACCGUUGGUGCUGGGAGAACUGGUUGUUUUUGUUAGAGCAACAAGUGGUUGGCCAAGCUUGAAACGUGGACUUUCAUAACGUUGAUCAAAUAUUGACAUGGAAGCAAAAUAUAAAUAUACCUUUUAAAUCACUGUGUGGAAAAAGCCUUCAAAUAAAUAACAGAUAAUUGCAUUGUAUGUUUUUGAUGUUUUAAAGUACCUUUAAAGUCUGAGAAUAUUGUACUUUAAACUUGCACAUUCACUAUGCUAAAAACUGUCCCACUGUCUGUCCAGCUGCCCAUUAUAAUAACACAAACAUUUACAAGCUUGCAAAUGUAAACACGCAUGCACAAAAACACACACAUGCACACACUGCUGUCAUAGGAGGACAAUACCCUAUCCUCAGGGGUCUGACCAAACAGUGUUGCCCCGAUCCCUGGCAUCCAGUGACGGAGGUUAUUUGCAGCUGUCAUGUUGUUUGGAAAGUGAAAUUGUGACACACAUCCCUGCAAUGGAAUCCAUUGUGCAUUAUAUCACCUUCAAAUAUAGCAGGAGCAACUGUUUUCUAUGUGUUUAAUCCUGAUGGCAUACAAACAGAAACAAGGGACAGCUGUGCCAAAAUAACUGAUUUCUCUCCAUUCAACAGACGCUUAGACCAAUAAUUACAGAGGGUUGUAUGCACUCAGGUACAAAUAAUGAAGAGCUAUGCAAAAGUGCCUACAAAAUGUGAAUCUGCAAAAUGUUCAAAGUCAAAGUCUUUUAGCUCCAUAUUAGAUGUGUAAACAUGUCCUGAUAUCAUUUAAAAGUGUGUUCAAGAGCCAUAUACAGUAUGUAUACAAAUAAUUGACCUUCAAUCGAGGUACAAGUUUGAAAAGUUGAUCAUCCUUCAGUAUAUUUCAGCGUUUCUUUUUUGUUAACCACUAGGUGGAGAAAUUUCCCCUUGAACCUUUCAAAUACAGUGUAGUUCAUUCAUUGUGACUGUGCAACUGUUGAUUGUCACAUUAGUAGCUAUCCACCUCUCUUCCAUAUCUUUUCAUCCUUGUUUAAAUUUGAUUUAUUUUUGUUUAACUGUGUGAGGCUGGUCAGAAAAUGACAUGUCUAGGCCUAUAGGCUAAUAGAGAAGGCAUAACCACAAUCUGUGAAGUUCUCAACUGAUUUUGCACUAGACUAGGCCUUGUGGGGUUUGGAAUAUAAAGACCCCUUUGUAAUUACAUGAAUCAUAUUUUCUUUUUCUAUAGAGAGCAACAACCAGUAAUUUACAGUAAUAGUAUUUUGGAAUGCCAAGAAAUGGGUGACUGGUUGACGUUUCUCUGUGCACAUUUCAAUGUCAUUGUGUUUUUGUAAAGUCUGCAAUAAAACGAAUAUGUCAAAUAAA